AUGACUUGUCAACAACUUUCUGCAAAAUGCUUAAAUAACGUUCUUGAAUAUUUUGAAAAUGACAAGAUAUCUUUACAUUCAUACUUACUAGUUAAUCAUCUUUGGUGUCAAACGUCAGUUAAAAUUUUAUGGAGAAAUAUUUGGGGCUUUCGAUAUAAUUUACUUUCCAAACCUUACCAGACACAUGUUCCGUCAGCAAUCCUUGGUACUUUAAUUGCUUGCCUACCCGAUGAAUCAAGAGACCUCUUAUACGCAAACGGAAUUUUUAUUCCAACACCUACCUCGAAACCGCCAUUAUUUAAUUAUAUAUCAUUUAGCGAAGUCCUUUCAAUUCGUAAAAUCAAUCAAAUUAUUGACGAAUCUUUAACAAAUCAACGAAUCGACACUUCCCGAAGCUUAAACUACAACAAAUACCUGCUAUCACAAGAAUUAUUAAAGGCUUUUAUGAAUCAUGUUUCAUCCCUAAAAUCCUUGGAUUAUGGUUUAGAAUUAUUAGAAAAAGUUCAAAAUGUACCCUUCAUUUAUUUCCCUGGAGCAAAGGAUUGUUUAACAGAUCUAUCAUUGUUGAUUUGUGAUUCAGAUAUUGGAUCUGAAUUCUUUUAUCAAUUCUCUCAAAUAUGUCGUAAUAUACGAACAUUAAGUAUAAUAUUUAGAAACAACGUUUCAAAGGGGUUAAAAGAAUUAAUCUCAUUACAAAGAAACUUGGAACAUUUAGAAUUAUCCGCCUCCAAUAGCCAAGCUUGGAUUGAAAUUAUACCAGCCUUAGAAAAGCAUUCUAAAACGUUAACAACAUUACAUAUUCAUGGUGAUAUCAUACCCUUGACAUUUAUCAAUUUGUUUAAAAAUUUAAAAGAACUUGUCGUUCCGAAUUCUAAUCAAAUUUUUAAUGAAUUACAAUAUGUUACAAUUCCCAAACUACGGUCCUUGAGAAUCUCUACCUUCUUUGAUCCAGCAUACAUUAUCUUUAGUGAAAUUAUGAGGGAUGAUCUUUUGGUCAAAUUUUUAGAGAACAAUGGAAAGCACCUUAAUGAAUUGUACAUAGAUAGUAUUAACAAAUCAUUAAAAUUAUCCAUUGCACGAUUUUGUCCAAAUCUUAAAAAUCUUUACAUAAUAUUUAAAAAUAAUGAGUUGAAUUUAUUAAAAUCCAUAUUCUAUAAUUGUCAACAUUUAGAAAGUAUUAAAAUUUGGCGUGGUGGAAAUUAUAUCAAUGAAAAAGAAAUGUUGGAGGUCUUUGCAAAACAUUCACCAAAAAGUUUUCAUGAAUUGAAGAUACAUAAUCGUGUACAAUCAGAAUUACUUCCGAGAGAUUUAAGGUCCUUUUUAAAAAGUUGGAGUAAUCGAAUACCGCAAAAACCAUUAACUUUGAUUAUUGAAAAUUAUGAUGAUGAUUAUGGUUUAGAUGUAAAUGAAGAGAAUAUUCAAAUAAUUGAGAAAUUUAAAACUUUGGGAGUUAUUAAGAAGUUUAGGAUCGAAAAGUUUGAUGAAAAGGAUUAG